GGGAAAUCCUCCCUCUCACACAUGCAUGGAACCCUGCAAGCAUUCAAUGCCGAUCUACUGCCGCAGGUCGCUGGGAAACAUGAGUCAUCAGAAUCCCUCCACCGCUGGUGCAAGAGAGCCCUGUAACGACUGGCCUGGGCACGGACAAGCUGCCAAAACGCGACCAUGAUGAGCAGGUUUCCAUUCGGGUUCCGAGGGCGCAUUGUUUGCCCUUUGCAUUCAUUCAUUUCUCCCAGACCCCUCUUCUCACCGCUGAGCGGGACAGCAGCCAUCGUCAUUUGGUUGCGCCUGCACAGUGCUAACCACCUGCGCCAGCCGCCAUGGAAUCGUACUUGUCCAAACGCAGUGCGGCCAGCAUUGCCAAGCAGAAGCUCCCGUGGCGGUUUGCACCGCAGCAGACGUACGAUCCAGACACGAACCCCGAUGGCCUCAUCUCGUUUGGUACGGCCGAGAAUAAACUCAUUAUCCGUCAAGUAGAGGAUUUCGUCAACAGCGCUGUCAAGUUCGAGUCGCAGCAGUUCACGUACGGCUUCAGCACCGCAGGCGGGUCUCGUUUCCCGGCCGCCCUUGCCGUGCACCUCAACGAGUACCUCAAACCGCACAAGCCCAUCACGGCCGAGCACAUCCAAGUCACCGGCUCGGCGACCCCUUUGCACGAGAUCCUAGCAUGGGGCCUCGCCGAUCCGGGCGACGGCAUCCUCACCAGCCGGCCCGUCUACGGGCGAUUUGAGCUCGACUUUGGCAACAGAGCCGAGGUCAACAUCGUCUACGCCGAUACCCACGCCGAGAAUUGCUUUGAUGAAGAUGUCAUCGACAAGUUUGAGGAGGCUUUGGCCCGGUCUGAGGCCGAGGGCGUCACCAUUAGAGCGAUUCUCAUCGUCAACCCUCACAAUCCACUCGGGAAAUGCUAUCCCAGGGAGACAAUCAUUGCGCUCAUGAAAUUCUGCCAAAAGAACCAGAUCCACCUCAUCAGCGACGAGAUCUAUGCCUGCUCCAUCUUCGACUCGGGCGAGUCCGACGCCGUGCCCUUUACCUCGGCCCUCGCCAUCGACCCAGCUGGUAUCAUCGAUACGGAACGCCUGCACGUCACCUACGGCUUCAGCAAGGACUUUGGCUCGGCCGGCCUGCGCAUCGGCGCCAUCAUCACCCGCAGCAAGGCCGUCGAGUCGGCCAUCACCGGCGUGAUGCGCUUCCACAACCCCGCUGGGCCUAGCCUGGCCAUUGGCGCUGCCAUGCUCGAGGAUCGCAAAUGGUGCCGCGAGUUCGUCGAGUCGUCGCGCACCAAGCUUGCCGCAGCAUACAAGCAUGUGACCCAAGGGCUUCGCGAUGUCGGCAUCGAGUACCUGCCGGGGAGCAACGCCGGGUUUUUCGUCUGGAUCGACCUCUCGCGACACCUCCCGGAGGACCUCGACGGUGAGCCGAACAGCGAGUUUGCCUUGGCCAAGAAGCUGAGGGCGGCUGGCGUGUUUCUGCAUCCUCGGGAGGAACACUCGCUCAGGCCGGGGUGGUUCCGCAUGGUAUAUACGCAGAGCCCGGACAUUGUGACUGAGGGAAUUAAGAGGAUCAAAAAGGCCAUUUCAUAAAGACGUCACCAUUGAGAAGUUGGUUGAUUGGAAGCAUACCCCAAGGAAGGGUUUCAACAGGGGCUCAUCGCAUAAAAGCCAGCUUUGGCAUCAUAGACAUUGGAUUGGCACAUGGCAGCAGAAUCGGACUCAACGUAGAGCAGUUGGAACGCGUUCCAAUGAUUGGAUAUAUAGUCU